AUGGAAAUUGCGAGAAAAGAAAUGGGACUGGAUUGGAAGCUCAGGGCUGAAAGUAAGAAGCCGGCAGUUAUGGAAACAGAGGAGAAGUUGUCAGAGGAUUUUCCUGUUGAUGAGUCAAAGAAGGAAAAUUCUAAGGAACUGAAUCCAUAUUUGAAGGACAGUGGAAGUGGUUACCCCGAAGAAAGUGAUGGAGCUAAAGUUGGUGUUGACCAACUUCUAUCUUCUUCACUUGUUGGGGAUGGAGGAGCUAGUUGGAGACUUAAAGCCUUAAAGCGUGCACAAGAACAAGCAAAUCGAGAAGGGCGGAACUUUAAUGAGGUUGUGCAAGAAAGGUGGGGUUCUCUUGGUGAGUUGGCUGCAUCUGUUGCAUCUAAUGCAGCUGUUCCAGCUCGUGCUCAUCUACAUACGAUAAGAAAUAGACAAAAAGGUAUAGGCGAAGAAAAUUCACCAGAUUCUAAUAAGCAUGGUGGAAGGGCAUCUAAAAGGGACUACUUAAAGGAUGUUUCUGUUCGGCACCAUGAAAUAAGGGCACCUAAAGUUUAG